AGGAAGACACAUAACAUCUGCGAUGCGCGAGUUGCGACUCUGCCAUGUGUAUAAAUCGCUGCUGCCUAGAAAGUUCACCACCUUGUGAAAACUCGAGCUGCACAGUGGAAACUACUUGUUUCGGCCAUGGCUGUUCAGACGACGCUCCUGGUCUUGCUCCUCGGCCUGGUAUCGUUCGCAAAAGGCCACCAUAUGCUAGACCUGAACCCCGACCUUGGGCCUUACCAGGACGACUCGCAGUGCUUCCCACUGGAGCAGUCGUGGCAUCUCAUACAUCGAGACUUCGAAAACGACCCUUAUUUAGGAGGCAAGAGCAAGUGCGUCAAAGGUACUCAGACGGGAGAAUAUGUCGGUGAUUCGACCCUGGUGGUAUUUGAGUACCCACCGGAUGGCGUCAUAAACACAACCUUCAAGCUGAUGUCGUCGCCUGGCUAUACGGCGAAAAAUGUCGUCAACGUGCAACCCGUUGACCAGCCCGGGUCAAGCGUAAACCUCACAAUAUCCUUCCGGGACUGCCACUCGUGCAAGGUGAUUCGUCACAGCUACAUCAAUGAAGGCAGAGGCUGUAGCAUGUGGGUGACCGAAGCUGAUCUGGGCAAUCCUCACCCGUGCUGCGAGUUUGCCUUCCAGCUACUGUGCGGAUUCCACACCACCUACCAGAUCUACGACGAGAGUUGCCAGUGAAGAAUUCGAGCGCAGCGAUCCAAGGAAAAGAAAUCCUUGCGUGGAAUGGAAGUCCGCUGCAGCAAUUCUGAAGACGAGAGAAGUCACCUGUCUUGAGCAUACCGAAGGUGGUUGCUCAUGCAGCUUGAAAGAUAAAGAGUGGCACACUCCAAUUCCGAGAAUAAAUGUGGUGUAAUAGUGCGUACAUGGGA